AUGAGUGAUGGUUCUGUGGAGCCAGUGAAGGCUGAUGAUGCCGUGGUGGAUAGUAGUAAGCGGACGCAUGAAGAGAUGAGUGCUGAAAAUACUGAACCUGUCUCUGAGCAGGCACAUGGCACAGGUUCUGAGAACGGUGACGGCGAGAACUCACUUGAGAACUCACUUGAGAAGGACAACGCUGAGAAGGAUAACGCUGAAUCAGAAAAGGGCUCGCCUUCAGUCACUGAAACUGCAGCAGACGACGAUUCAUCAAAGACCGAUGGCAAUGGUGAAGAGAACCAAGACGCUGAAGGUCUAGCCGAAGAUUAUGAUGAGGAGGAUUUUGAUGAGGAUGAGGAUGAUGAGGAUGAAGAACCAGCCGCUAAGAGAAGACAACAAGAGAGAAACAGGUUUUUGGAUAUUGAAGCCGAAGUCAGUGAAGAUGAAGAGGAUGAAGAAGAUGAAGAGGAUAGUGAGUUGGUUCGUGAAGGUUUCAUUACCCACGGUGAGGAUGAGGAUGACGAGGAAGGCGUGGCAGGUAACCGUCGUGGUGACAGGCUGCAUAGACAACUAGACCAGGAUUUGAACAAAUCUUCCGAAGAAGAUGCCCAAAGAUUGGCCAAGGAACUGAGAGAACGUUAUGGUAGAAGUAGCUCUAAACAAUACCGUGCUGCUGCUCAAGAUGGCUAUGUUCCUCAAAGAUUCCUGUUGCCUAGUGUUGAUACAGCCACGAUUUGGGGUGUUAGAUGUAGACCUGGUAAAGAAAAGGAAUUAGUAAGGAAACUUUUGAAAAAGAAGUUUAACCUGGAUAGAGCUAUGGGUAAGAGAAAGCUAAAGAUUCUAUCUAUUUUCCAAAGAGAUAACUAUACAGGAAGAAUCUAUAUCGAAGCACCAAAGCAGUCCGUUAUUGAAAAGUUUUGUAACGGUGUUCCUGAUAUCUACAUUUCUCAAAAAUUAUUAAUUCCAGUUCAAGAAUUACCAUUGUUGUUAAAACCAAGUAAAUCUGACGAUGUUGCUCUUGAAGAAGGUAGCUACGUUAGAGUUAAGAGAGGUAUAUAUAAGGGUGACCUUGCAAUGGUGGAUCAAAUUAGUGAAAACAAUCUGGAAGUUAUGUUAAAGAUUGUUCCUCGUUUAGAUUACGGAAAAUUCGAUGAAAUUGACCCUGUUACUCAGCAACGUAAAUCUAGAAGACCAACAUUUGCACAUAGACCGGCACCUCAGCUUUUCAAUCCAACUAUGGCUUUGAGACUUGAUCAAGCAAACUUGUACAAAAGAGAUGAUCGCCAUUUCACUUACAAAAAUGAAGAUUACAUAGAUGGUUACUUAUACAAAUCAUUCAGAAUCCAACAUGUUGAAACUAAGAAUAUACAACCUACUGUGGAAGAAUUAGCUCGUUUUGGCUCAAAAGAAGGUGCUGUUGACCUAACAGCAAUUUCUCAAAGUAUAAAGAAGGCUCAAGCUGCUAAGGUUUCCUUCCAACCAGGUGAUAGAGUUGAGAUUCUAAAUGGUGAACAAAGGGGCUCUAGAGGUAUUGUUGCUAAAAGUACCACUACUAUUGCGACUGUCAAUCUUCCUGAAUUUCCCUUAAAACCUUUGGAAUUUCCAGUAUCUGCAUUAAGAAAGAUCUUCGAACCUGGUGACCAUGUUAUGGUCAUUAACGGUGAACAUCAAGGCGAUGCUGGUUUAGUUUUGACAAUCAAACAAGGUCAGGUCACUUUCAUGUCGAAUCAAACCAGAGAAGAAGUAACUAUUACAGCUAAUAACUUAUCAAAAUCCAUUGACUCAACCCCAACCUCUAGUGAAUAUUCUUUGCAUGAUAUUGUUGAGCUCAGUGCCAAGAAUGUGGCUUGUAUUAUUCAAGCUGGUCACGACAUUUUCAAAGUUAUAGAUGAAACUGGUAAGGUCUCUACAAUUACAAAGGGUUCGAUCUUAAGCAAAAUAAACACAUCAAGGUCGAGGUUAACUACAGUUGACAGCAGUGGUAAUGAGAUUAAGAUUGGUGACUCUAUUGUAGAAAAGAUCGGUGCUCGUAGAGAAGGUCAAGUUCUUUAUAUUCAAUCACAGCAAAUAUUUGUGGUCUCUAAAAAGAUAGUAGAAAAUGCUGGUGUUUUUGUUGUCAAUCCUGUCAAUGUUGAGGCCAUUGCUUCUAAGGAUAAUAUGUUAAACAAUAAACUAGAUUUAUCGAAGAUGAACCCAGAUAUCAUUUCCAAGAUGGGACCACCUAAGAGCUCAAUGCCUUCCGCAGCUCCAGUACGUACUGGUCGUGAAGUCGCUCUUGGUAAAACUGUUAGAGUUAGAUCAGCUGGAUACAAAGGUCAACUAGGUAUAGUGAAGGAUGUCAAUGGUGAUAAAGCCACCGUCGAACUUCAUUCCAAGAACAAGCAUAUCACUAUAGACAAGAGAAAAUUAACAUACUAUAAUCGUGAAGGUGGUGAAGGUAUAACGUAUGAUGAGCUAGUGAAUAGACGUGGUAGACUACCACAAGCAAGAAUGGGUCCAAGUUAUGUCAGCGCUCCUAGACAUAUGGCUAGCGGCGCUUCCGGUGUCGUAGCUGAUAAUAACGGUGCUUUGGCCGGUGGUAUGACUCCUGGUUGGGGUGCUUUCGAUGGUGGUAAGACACCAGCAGUUAACUCUCACGGAGCAGGAACCAGCGGAGCUACCUCAGCAUGGGGCGGUGCAUCCACAUGGGGUGGCCAAGGUGCUGGUGGCUCUUCCACCUGGGGAGGUCAAGGUGGUGCUACUUCUACAUGGGGUGGUCAAGGUGCUACAUCAACAUGGGGUGGUGCUUCCGCUUGGGGUAACAAAUCCAGCUGGGGUGGUGCCUCCACAUGGGCUGCCAGUGGUGAAGCCAAUGGUGGUGUCUCUACCUGGGGAGGUGGUGACCGUUCUACAUACGGUGGUGCCUCUACUUGGGGUAAUAAUGCAACAGGUGGGACAUCUACUUGGGGUGGUAACAACCAAGAACAAAACAAUGGUGGUAAUAGAUCUGCAUGGAAAGACCAAGGCAAUAAAUCCAACUAUGGAGGUGGGAGUUCAUGGGGUAACCAAUGA